CAGGGCGAGCCGCGGGAGGAGGGGGCUGAGCUGGCUCUGGAGUUGGCCAAAGAAGCCCUCGAAGGCAGGAGCGGUCGGCGCCUUCGGCUGAGCAGGAGGAGGAGGUGGAGGAGGAGGAAGAGGAGGAGGAAUCGCGUCGGGCGGAGCGUCAGGUCCCGUUUUCCUCUCUGGCUUCUCCAUACAAAGAUUACGGUGCAGAAGGAAAUUGCACUCGCCUCCUCCGCCCCCCGGUACCCAACACAAUGCACCAGCCGCCCGAGUCCACCGCCGCGGCGGCUGCUGCUGCAGACAUUAGUGCUAGGAAGAUGGCGCACCCGGCAAUGUUCCCUCGAAGGGGCAGUGCCAGUGGCAGCGCCUCUGCUCUCAAUGCAGCAGGUACCGGCGUCGGUAGUGCUGCUCCAUCUUCGGAGGAAAUUUUGCCUCCGUCGCUGCUCCAGCCGCCGCCUCCUGCAGCAUCUUCCAUGUCGGGACCACAGCCUCCGCCUCCACAAAGCCUGAACCUCCUCUCGCAGGCUCAGCUGCAGGCACAGCCUCUCGCGCCAGGCGGAACUCAGAUGAAAAAGAAAAGUGGCUUCCAGAUAACGAGCGUUACUCCGGCCCAGAUCUCUGCCAGCAUCAGCUCGAACAACAGCAUAGCAGAGGACACGGAGAGCUACGACGAUCUAGAUGAAUCUCACACGGAAGAUCUCUCUUCUUCCGAGAUCCUUGAUGUUUCACUUUCCAGGGCUACUGACUUAGGUGAGCCUGAACGCAGCUCCUCGGAGGAGACUCUGAAUAACUUCCAGGAAGCAGAGACACCUGGGGCAGUCUCUCCCAACCAGCCCCACCUUCCUCAGUCUCAUCUGCCUCACCUUCCACAACAAAACGUUGUGAUCAAUGGGAAUGCUCAUCCCCACCACCUCCAUCACCACCAUCACAUUCAUCAUGGGCACCACCUUCACCACGGGCACCACCAUCCAUCCCAUGCUGCUGUGAGCGGUGUAUCCAUUCCGGGAGGGCCACCCUCGAGCCCAGGGUCCAGAAAACUCUCCACAACUGGAAGUUCUGAUGGUGGUGUGCCAGUUGCACCGACUUCUGCUGUCUCAUCGAGUGGCUCACCUGCAUCUGUGAUGACUAACAUCCGUGCUCCGAGUACUACAGGCAGCAUAAGUAUAAAUUCUGUUACUGGGCCUAAUCCAACGAAUAAUGUUAACGUUGCUGCUGUGGGUGGCUUCGGCCCUAAUGUGACAAGCAGCAUGCUUGGUAAUGCCACUCUAAGUACAGGCAGUAUUCCUAGUGCUGCUGGUGGAAGUGUUGGGCCUGGUGUGCCCAGUGGUGUUAAUAUGAAUAUCUUGAGUGGCAUGGGCAAUGGUACUGUUUCAUCCUCUCUUGCUAACAGUGUCCCUCAUGCAGCUGCAGGUAUGACUGUGGGAGUGGUUUCAAGUCAACAGCAGCAACAGCCAACAGUUAACACCUCCAGGUUCAGAGUUGUGAAGUUAGACUCUACUUCUGAACCCUUUAAAAAAGGUAGAUGGACUUGCACUGAGUUCUAUGAAAAAGAAAACGCAGUGCCAGCCGCAGAAGGUGUAGCAAUGAAUAAAGUGGUGGAGACUGUGAAACAGAACCCCACGGAAGUGUCUUCAGAGAGAGAGAGCACUAGUGGGAGUUCAGUGAGCAGUAGUGUCAGCACACUGAGUCACUACACAGAGAGUGUAGGAAGUGGGGAGAUGGGCGCCCCUACUGUGCAGCAGCAGCAGCAGCCACCAGCUCUUCAAGGUGUGGCCCUCCAACAGAUAGAUUUUAGUAGCCCUGGUCCACAGAGUAUUUCGGCAGUUAGUAUACCACAGAGUAUUUCUCAGCCCCAUAUGUCACAAGUCCAAUUACAGUCUCAAGAGCUGAGCUAUCAGCAGAAGCAAGGUCUUCAAGCAGUCCCUCUGCAAGCCACUCUGAAUGCGGCUACUGGUAUCCAGCCCUCACCUGUCAGCGUGGUAGGUGUCACAGCAGCUGGAGGUCAGCAGCCUUCCAUUUCCAGCCUGGCUCAGCCCCAACUGCCAUAUUCUCAGACAGCUCCUCCAGUGCAGACCGCUCUUCCAGUGCAGACCGCUCUUCCAGGGCCACCACCCCAACAGUUAAAAUAUGGACCACAGCAACCAUUGGUUUCUACACAGAUAGCCCCAGGCCACGGUCAGUCAGUGACUCCGAAUCCUCCUCCUGAGUAUGCACCACAGCAGCCAAUUCUUCAAGCAGUGAUGUCCUCUGGACAGUCCAGUUCUGCAGGAAUGGGAACAGGAACAGCAGUGAUUCCUGUGGCUCAUCCACAGGGCAUCCAGAUGCCAGUGCAACCCACAGCAGCACAAGCACAACCUGCAGGGGCCUCUGGGCAGCCGGUUGGCCAGGCUCAAACAGCAGUGUCUGCUGUUCCCAUUGGCAGUCAGAUCACCAGUAUUGGUCAACAAGCAACCCUGUCUACUGCAGUACAGCAGCCCUCUCCCCAGGUUCCACCUUCGGUUGUUCAGCAAGGUGCUCCUCCGUUGUCACAAGUAGUUCCACCUGCUCAAACUGGGCUUCUCCAUCCGGGAGUUCAGACUAGUGCUCCCAGCCUUCCUCCACAGUUGGUUCUCGCACCCCAGAAUACCUUGUUGUCGGCGCCUCCCCAGCCUCAGGCGGUGGAGCCAGUAGCUCCAGGAGCUGUUUCCCAGCCGUUCCCUGCAGUCAGUCCUUUGCCCUCCGCUAGUAGUAUUUCUGUUACAAAUCAGGUUAGUUCAGCUGGUCCUCCUGGAAUGCCUUCUGCCCCAACAAACUUAGUUCCACCACAGAAUAUAGCACAACCCCCUGCCACCCAGAAUGGGAAUUUGGUUCCAAGUGUUAGUCAGUCUCCCUUGAUAGCAACUAACAUAAAUUUGCCUUUGGCACAACAGAUACCACUAAGUUCUGCUCAGUUCUCUGCACAAUCAUUAGCUCAGGCCAUCGGAAGCCAAAUUGAAGACGCCCGGCGCCCAGCAGAGCCUUCCCUAGUCGGUUUACCUCAGACUAUCAGUGGUGACAGUGGGGGAAUGUCAGCAGUUUCAGAUGGGAGCAGCAGCCUAGCGGCCUCUGCUCUUUUCCCGUUGAAGGUGCUACCGCUGACGACACCCCUGGUGGAUGGCGAGGAUGAGAGCUCUCUAUUGCAGUGUUUCUCUCAGGUGCAAGGAGUGAUCCUAGAACCACAGAUACAGCCAAGACCACGGAGAGCUUUUGACGUCAGGGGUCCACUUUCUCCACUGAACCCUUGGAGACAGAGUAUCCAGCUUCUGGAGAGAGUGGGAAAGGAUUUCUUUCAACUGGUAAAACAUCAUACUUCAGCAAAAGGAGUUCUUCUAGCAGAGCCUUCAUGGAUGAUAUCUGUCACACAUGCCAGCAUCUGCAGUUUGGAAGGCAGUGGUGAAUGGACCCAUGCAAUAUGUCUAGAAGACACAAGGAUGAGCCAGCCACCUGAUCUUGUUACUUACAAGCUUUUAAGAUUUACUCUGGUUUAUUUUUGGUCUGAAAAUGAAAAGGCUCAAAUAAUGAAAUAAUCUUUUCAGGUUGGAGUUUUACAUGGCCAUGAAAAUAUUUCUUUCUACUAAGAAGACUGAAAUAGAAAGCUUGAGGGAGUUUUCUUUUAAAGCAGCUCUCUGUUUCUGUUUCACUUAAAAGAUUUGCAGGAUUGAAAAUACCUUAAUAGUAGAAACCUCCCUUUUAAAAAAGUAAUAUAAGAAAUGCAAAAAGCCUGAUGAGUCCCCUGCCUACUUUUUUUUUUGAAUACCUAAUACUUAAAAGGGACUAGUAAAUAAAAAGUGGAUUUUAUUAUUCCAGUGUUAGUUUUAAUAUUAGGAUAUACUACUAGCUCAUCCUUUGUUGGUUGGUCUUGAGCCUUAUCCUUAUACAUUUGUCAAAUCAACAAAGUAGUAGGAGCUAUCUUGGACAUCAAAGUAGCUCUGUCUUCUAAAGUAAUAAAUACAUGCUAAACUUGAGGUAUUGGAUUUAUUCUACACUAAAGGCAUACUAAAGUUUGAGUGGUACAGAGCAAUUGUUUACAGAGCAGAGGUAAUUUGAAGUGUUAGAAUAAGCCUGUAGGCAUGAAUGCCUGUCCAAAAUAGUUAUCCAAACUGUCUAUUGAUAGUAGCUAUCAAAAUGUUUGUUUUUCUUUGGUUAUCUAUUAACUGGUUAAUCAGAAGUUGUUAAGGAGAAAUUUAAGAGUCAUCUGAUGCUGCCAGUUUUAUUUUAGAAUAAGUUUUAGAGAAGAGAAAUUACAGGAUUAGUAAUAUAGAAACAACUAAAAUGUUUUAGGAUCUCAAAGGUGUUGAAAUCAAAUUUGCUAAAAUGUAGCCUGCCUUUAGUCUUUCUUGACUGUAAGAACUAUUUUUUCCUCAUUAAUUUAAAAUGAUUUUUCAGAAGUUUAGUACUUAAAAGUAUUAAAGAUAAUUUUAAACUAAAAUUUUCCCCAGAGAAAUCUGAAUUUUCACAGAAUGAUUACAGCUUUGUAUUCCUGGCUUGUUAAUAAGAUACUUUAUAAACCCAAACCAUCUACCUAAUAUUUUAGAAAGAACUCGGAGAACUAAAGAGAUUUACUAUCUAAAAUUAACUAAAAUUAAGAUAGUUGUAUGCUUUGAACCAUAGCACAAAGAAUUCUACGGUCUCUGAUGUCAUUAGCCUUUUGACUCAGCAUUGAAGAUAGAAAGUGAUUUAAUCAUAUAAUCUCAUGCUUUAGUUAAAUUUUAGCUUUGUUUCUUAAGGGUGCAAAAGAAAUUAAGUGCAUUUCCAUUUACCUCAUGCCAGUAUAAGCUUUUUAAAAGUGAAAUUUUUUGUAUAUUAAUGUGUGAACUGCUUUGUUUAUUUAAACUUUAAUUUUAUGCAUUUUUCUUUCAGAUUUUUAAAGAAUAAUAUGUUAUAAUAUGCAAUCUUAUAUUUUUCCAUGUUUAUUAUGAAUAUUCAUAUAAGCAAUUUUUUCUAGAAUGAUUGUGUAAUAUUUGUAUUAUGUGAUCAUUUCAAAACUAAUAAAUAUUU